UGGGAGAAGAGCUCUGCAGGCGUAGCGUUGUCCGAGCUGGCAGUCCCAGGCAGGGAGAGGAAAGGGCCCCGGCGUGGUUUUAUUGGCCAGAGCUGGUUUCUCCCCCCCCACCACCAUCCAAAAACCCUUCAAAUAAUUUAUGCGCAGGAACUAUUAGUCACAGUGGUUCCAUUUCUCAUAGGAACAAAAGCACAAGGUUCCCCCCCCCCCCGCUUUCCGUCUUUGCGAUGGUUCUUCAGCGAUUCUGAAACCAGGGAUGGGCCUGUGCCCUUUCCGAGGCAUUGCGAAUGCAUCUUCAUCUUGACACCAGAAGGUUUCCCUAGAAGGGGUCUAUUCUUAGCUCUGGAUCUCGCAAGCAACUCAGCCGAGUCAGGCCCUGGCUCGGCCCAGGCUUGCCUUGAUUUAGCGCCUAAAAUAUCAUGCUCCUGUUUCUUAAAAGCAAGCUUGCAAUCCCUAAAUGGCUCGGGGGGCCAGCUGUGGGAAUGCAACAUCUCUAGAAAAUGCAGCAAAUCUGGCUGCCUGCAGGGCCAAGCGGCUGUCUGAUCGAUGGCUCUGUCUCAAAGCCAGUUCUGUUUUCAGCACACCAGGAAAUGGGUGCAGGUUCUUUCCUGAGCACAAGGAGGACUUGGGUGGCUUUGGACUCACGUAGAUUGGCCCACUGCCCCCUCCAAGUCCACCCCCUUGCCCGGGGGCUUCCCUGGGGUAGGAUCCCCUUCCCUGUUUACAGCCUCCCUUAACGGGUCCUUAACUGGAGCCAGGGCUGCAUCUCAGGCUCUUCCGUGGCAGCAAGCUUUGCAAUCAUAUUGCCACUGAGCAUGUGCAGAGUGCAUUGCUCCACUACUGAAGGCCCGUCUCUGGAAUUAUAAGGGGACGAGGCUCCCAGGAAGAUGGCUUCGGGGAAUUGUUGGACUGGAAUGUUCAUAGCUGCGUUUCAGAUGAAAGUUGCAUGUUUGUCAGGUAGACGGUGGGAUGUGCUGUAUUUUAAGCAAAGAAGCCCUGAGCAGAACUCUCUCUCUGCUCUGCAAUUCCCCACUCCUAGUACUCCUUCAUGAUACUCCUCCCCCUCUUGCACACUCACUUGUGCACUCUGGGCCUGGCACAAUGCUGGUGGACAGUUCAUUGUGACAUUGGCUGUAGGAGCCUCGUGCAUCUCGGCAGGGGUUGGAAAAAAUAGGCUGAACGGACGUGGGAGAGGCGUGGGGGAGUAGAGAAGCCGACCAAAUAAAGCCACCGUGAGUCACAGCAGGUCUUCCACACUGCGCAGCUGAAACCGCAGCUGCAGAUGAGGCUGGAGGAGCCAUUGGAACCUUCCACCUCAUGGCCUCCUCGUCGUCCAGAUCCUGCAGCCGUUGAUGGCAAAUGGCUUCAUGCAGAGGCCUGUAGGCUCUUCCACCAUCGGACGCUUCAGACCACAAGCCUGAGAGGACGGUUCGAGGCGUUGCUGCUGAGCUUCCCUUCUGCCUUCAGUUGCAACAUUGCCACCUUGCCUGUGGUUUCCCCACAGCAGGAGCGGGAAGCGGAGGCGACAGGGGCCGUCCUGUGAAGCUGCCCUGGGGUGCUGCUUUGGCCUGAGGUCUCCCGAGGCACAGUAGCCACCUCCCAACAGGGACGUGGUCCACCAGGGGCCCUGCCUUUGCGGUGGGAAGCAAGGAGAGAGCCCUUUGGCUUGAUGUCGUGACUCUGGCGGCUGAACUUCCUCUCUCCCCCCGCCCCGCCACCCUGCCGAAUUGCGGAAGGAAGUUUCAGCUGAACUCCUACCAGCGCCGAGUGCUGGGUAGCAGGCACACCUAAUGCCCACAGGACCCCUCCGGCUCCGAAAAGGGCACCUCUUGGAUGACACCAUGGACCAAGACGUCUCGGAGAUGCUGGAGGUCUUCUGGACAGGGCCGCUGGUCACCUGGAUGCAGACCCUGGAGGAGAGUCUGCUGGAAUCGGGCAGCCCCCUUUCCCCGAAGAAGAAGGAGGAGAAGAGAUCCGAGGGCCCCCAGGAGUAUUUCCUCAGACUGGCCAGGGGAGACCUCCUCAUCCACAUCAUGGAGAGGCUAGACCUGAUUCCCGGGGGGACACGCUGGCCGUGGGGUGAGCAAAGCGAUGAAGCACACCGGCUCCAAAGACUGCAGACAGUCUUGCAGAAACUGCAGGGUUUCUACCAGGAUGUCCUGCAACAACUGAUUCUGACCAUGCCUCCGAAUGUACACCUCUUGGCCAGGGAUCCCCUCACAGCCCAGGCCGUAGGGGAGAUGAAGAAGCUACUCCUGCUUUUGCUGGGAAGUGCCGUCCAGUGCGAACGGCGAGACAAGGUCAUUGCCCACAUCCAGACGCUGGACCUCGGCACCCAGGCCGCCCUAGCUGCUGCUAUCCAACAGGUCACCCAGGAGCCGGAGAACGUGCUGAGGCUGCAGUGGAAGGAGUCGGGGCCCUCCGAGGCGGAGCAGCUCCUGCAGAUCGUGGUCUCUCGGGUCGGGGCGCUGGUGCACGAGCGAGACGGAGUCCUGGAGCAAUUGUGGGCGCUGCAGCAGCAGGAACCAGGAGCCCCCCGAGACCCCCCACCGGAGACCCACCGGCAGCAUCUCGGGGUCCAGCUGGCAGAAGCCCGGGCCCAGGUGUGGCGUCUGCAGCAGGAGCUGGCAGAGAAGGUGGAAGAGCUGCUGGACCAGCAGGACGAACUCAAGGAUUUGGAGGGGCAGUUUCAGAAGACGCGGCAGGAGAACCGGACCCUGGCUGGCGAGGCCCGCUUGGCUGGGCUGUACCGGGACGAACUGGACGCCUUGCGGGAGAAGGCGCUGCGGACCGACCGGCUUCAGGCGGAGCUGACGGCCCUCCGGGAGCGGCUGCCCUCGUGGGAGCAGUGCCGGGUCCAGCUGCAGGAGGAGCGGGAGUUUUCCCAGGCCCUGCUGGAGACGAAGGCCGUGCUGGAGGGGCAGCUGGAGGCCGCUCGGGCCCGGGGCCACCGCCUGAGCCAGCUGGAGAAAGAGAAGCGGCAGCUGCAGAGCUGCCUCCACCGGGCCCAGGAGGAACGGGAGCAGCUGUGCCGCCAGACGGAGGAGCUGCUGCGAGAGAACCUGGUGCUGGAGAGACAGCUGAGGCGAAGUUUGGGGGAGCCCCUCGAUGUCCUCCGAGCUGAAGAACUGGAAACAGACUGGAUCCCAAAUGAGCUUUCCGAAGAGCCCGUUUUGCUGAACUGCGAGGUGGGAGAGGCCGGCCGGCUGCUCUCCCUGGAGAGGGAGAACCAGGCGCUCCGCAGGAAGCUUCAGGAAGCACUGGAGGACCCCGGCCAGCCUGGGAGUGCGGGGCUGGAACCCCAGGAGGCUGCCCCAGAGAGCCGGCCGCCGGAAGCCGGAGAAGCCGGAGAAGGAGCAGAGGCCUCGGAGCGCCAGGAGCGGGGGCCAGAGGGCCAGGACGGGGCCCCCGAGCGCCAGGCCCUGGAGGAAGCGGCCCAGGCCCUGGGGGCCGCCCUGCGGGAGGCCGAGCUGCAGCAGGAGGCCGAGUCCCACCGAGCGGCCGCCCUGGAGGAGCGGCUGAGGGGCCUGCAGGAGGUCCAGGCCGAGGCCCUGCAGCAGCGCGAGCGGGAGGCCGCACGGCACCAGCAGGAGGCCGCGCAGCUGCUGGAGGAAGUCCAGGCCUUGGAGCGGGAGCGGGAGGCCCUGCGGGCCGGAGCCCAGGCCCUGCAGGCAGCAGCCACCCGGGCGGAGCUGGAGCUGGGGGAAGCCCGGCGGGCCCUGCAGGGCGAGCGGCUGGAGGGGGCCCGGCUGGCCCAGAGGGCCCGCCAGGCGGAGGAGGAGCUGCGCGAGGCCCGGCGGGAGCUGGAGAGCCUGCAGCGCGGGCUGGAGCAGCACAAGGUGGCCCUGGCCCAGCUGCAGGCCGAGAAGGGGGCCCUGGAGGAGGCCCUGGGCCGGGCGGAGGCCCAGCGGCGCCAGCUGGACAAGGACGGGCGGCGUCUCCAGGCCCAGGCCCAGGAGGAGGCCCUGGCGGCCCAGGGGCUGCGCCUGGCCCAGCUCGAGGCCCAGAGCCGGCAGCAGGCGACGGAGCUGAGCACCCUCCAGGAGGCCUCCCAGCGCCUCGGGGAGCAGGAGCGCCAGAACGCCGGCCUGAGGGAGCAGCUGGACGCCCAGGGCCGGGCCGUGGCCAUCGCCAAGGAGGAGCUCCAGAGGGAGAAGGGCAAGGCGGAAGAGAGGGAGGCCACCCUGGCUCAGCUGAGGGAGCAGCUGCUAAAGAAGGAAGAGCAUCUCAAAGAAGCGAUGCAGACCAGGUGCGGCCAGCAGCAAACCCAGGAAGAGCCAGAGGGACUCUCCCCGGGGAAGAAGCUGGCCGAGGACAACAGCGCGCUCAGAAGGCAGCUGGAGGAACUGCGCGCCCUCAACCAGCAGCUCACAAGCGGCCUUCGCCAGGCAAAGAGCAGCGCAGCUCUUCCGCGGUCCCCCGAGGAGCCCUCCGUCAGCUGGGGCACCGAGGGGCAGGGCAGACCCGACCCCCAGCUGCUGCCGCCCCUCCAGGCUGAUGCCAGGCGCGAGGCCCUGAGUGCGAGACUCAUCGAAGUGGAACGGCAGAACGCCACUCUGCAGGCCGAGAAGUCGGCCCUCACGGCGCGCCUCGGCCAGCUGGAGGGGCAGGUCGGCGACCUGCAAGGGAGGCUGCAGGAUCUGCAGAGCCAAAGCGCCCGGGAGAAGGAAGAGAGCCGGACGUGGCUGGCCCAGAACAGCACUCUGCAGGCAGAGGCGGCGGCCCUGCGUUCCCAGCAGGCAUCGCUGGACACGCAGGUCUCGGAGCUGCGGCAGAGGCUGGCCAGCCUGGAGGCAGAGGCCCGGGGGGCCCAGCAGGAGCGGGAGGGCUGGCGGGAGCGCUACGCGGCCUUGCUGCGGGACCACGACCGGCUGGCGCUGCUGCACGAGCGUCAGGGAGUCGACCUGGAGGGGCUGCUGGGGAAGCACGCCGGCCUCAAGGGGGCGCUGCGCGGCCUGGAGCAGGAGCACCGCGAACUGCAGGGCAGGCACAGCCAGCUCUUGGGGCAGAAGGCCGGCCUGGAGCAGCAAGAGCAGGCGCUGCGGAAGCAGACGCAGCUGUUGGAGGGGGCCGAGGGCAGCCACCGGCAGCUGACAGAGCAGCACGGCCAGCUGAAGGAGGACCACGAGCGGCUGAAGCAGACGCUGGCGCAGACGGAGCGGGCCCUGGACGACCUCCAGGGAGAACUUCAGAGCUCGAGGAACCGGGUGACGAGCCUGCAGCUGGAGCAGGCCAGGCUGGAGGCAGAGAGCUCAGCCCUGAAGGAGCAGAACCAGCAGCUGGAUGCCACCCUGGGGCGCCUCAGCACCCAGUGCGAACUCCUGGCCCAGCUGAAGGGGAACCAGGAGGAGGAGAACCGGCACCUUCUGGACGAAAUCCAGGCGCUGAGCCGGGAGAACAGGCGCCUGCUGGAGCGCAGCAUGGAGAGCCGCGAGCACUUCCAGGAGGAGCAGCGCCAAUACCUGGACAAGCUGGGGGAGCUGCGUCGGGAGAAGCAGAAACUGGUGGAGAAGAUCAUGGACCAGUACAGAGUGCUGGAACCAGCCCUUCCUCGUGGCAAGAAGAGUAACUGGAUCACGGAGAAAAUAAGGAAGCUGAUGAAACCGCGGCGGGAGGCCCCCCACGAACAGCUGCGCCCCAUGGCCGAGGGGGCUGGCAGCAGUGAAAGCCUCACGGAGCAAGAAGGCCCCCGGUCUGAGGGGGCAGUUCGCAGCACUCCUGGCUCGCCGCUGCCCCUGCCCAAAGCGAGCAGCACCCUCAGCCUCGUGGACAGCCAACAGAUGCAGCUUCGCCGGCACCGGCUGAGCUCCCGCCUGCCGGCGCUGGAACCGUCCGGGGAAGGAGACGGGCUAGCGACGCCCCGCCAGCGCUUCCGCCAGCGCCGGCUGGGCAUGCUGGGGGGCUCCCGCGAAGAGGCUGCUGUGGCUGGUGCCGAGUGGGAAGUCCCCAGCCAGAUGCCCAGCAGCAGCCGGGAGGAGAGAGGACCACCACUGGGUGAGGAGGAGCCGGCCUCACAGUGCCCCCUGUGAUGUUUCGGAGGGGGUCUCCACUCAGACCGACAGCAGUUGCACUGCAAGGACGGAGAUCUGCUGCUUCUGCGCCCCAACAGGGAACGAAAUCUCCUUCCGAGGGACGCAUCGGUGCUUGAGAACGUAAGAAGAGCCCUGUGGAUGGGACCACGGUGUAGUUGGUCCGGCACCCUGUUUCCCACAGUGGUCAGCCAGGUGGCCCACUCAGGUAGAAGCUCACAAGCAGGACAGGAAGGUACCAAUCGCCCCAAAUUAUCAGGCAGUUGGAGAUAGGGUGCUCCUGAAUCAGGAGGUUCUAUCUAUCCCAGCUAAUGUCUACAGAUAGCCCUCUCCUCCUCCUCCUCCUCCUCCUCCUCCAGAAAUGUGUCUGUUCCUUCCUUAAAGCCAGACAACUUACUUGGCCGUCGCCACAUCUUGUGGCAGGGAGUUCCCUUGUCUGGAACCCUGGAGAGCUGGAGGAGAGAGUGCUGCAUGCAUGAAUGGUCUAAGGGAGCUUCCUGUUGGGGGCAGACUUAGAGCUCAGCGGCAGGCCAGCUGCACUGCAUGCUGAACGACUUGGGGUUUAUGGGGCAGCCCCACACGUUUACUAUUCCCUCCUGGCUCUCCUCGCUUUCACAGCAGCCCUCCGGCGGGGGACAGUUUUGCCGUUUAGUUGUGUAUUUAAAAAUAAAUCUAUUUAUCAA